AUGAGAGACGAAUCCUCUAGUUGUGAUGAACAUCUGUUAAUUCAUAAUCCCGGAGAAGUUAUUAAAUCAAUUAACGGAGAACAUAAAGAAGAUAAAUCAAAGCUGAUUCUGGAAACUGAAUCUACGACCUUAGUCGAAGAGGGAUUUGAGAAAUCAGUAGACGAAGAAUUCGUCAAUGAAUACUCUAAAAUGAUUGAUGAAGAAGAAAAAGUAAACGACGCCUGGCUAAAUUCACUUAAAACAUCAGAAAAUGAUGAUACCCAGGUUGUCUACGAAGCGAAGGGAAAGGAGAACGAGGAAAAAUCGGAAAAAAUGGAUAUUCUCUACGAGCUUCCUAAAGUGGAAGUAAUCCGACUUCUAGUUUCGAAACUGGAAGAUGGUCAAUCGCCAUCGGACUACAUUAAAACGUACGACUCUAGAGAUAAGACUGAUGAAGACGAAGAUUCUCCAUACGAAGUCUCCGACCUAGCUCACGUGCUCACCAUGAGUUGGAAAAACGUCUAUUUCAUGACGAAGGAUGAAAUCGUAGAGGCCCUCAUGAACUACAAGAACAACAACAAGGAGCAGAAGACAUACGAGUUCAGAUGGGUCAGAGACGAACUGGCAGUUCACGGACCAUACCAACAUGAGGAUAUCCUUAUGUGGAUAGUUUACGGCUAUGUAUCAGAAGAGAAUCCGAUUUUGGUAAGGGAACUGAACGAAGAAGGAAACCCAAUCACUCUAGAAUGGCAGAAUUAUAAGGAUUCUGAUAUAUUUAACAUAUUCUCAACCUCCGACGACGGAACAGGCGGAAACGAGGACUCCUCGAAGAAGGAAGCUGAGGAGGAAAAGAAGCCAGGAUUUGAAUUCAUGUAUCAAGACGGAUACGCAACUAGAAAGAGGCAAAAACUCCUAGGACUUAAAGUUAAAGAGAAGCAUGAACUCUACUGA